GUAUGGAAUGAUCAGAGAGAGGAAUUCAUCGCAUCUCUAUACACAUCAGCAAUCAUGUUCAAAGCAGGUAACUUCACAAAGAAGUUGGAAAAUGCCUUUAAGAAAAUCUUUGAAGAUUACAUGAACAACUGGCGCAAUAAUGUUACGCAGGAGAACAAUGAACUGCAGGACACGAUGAACGCAGAGAACUUUGACUACGUCAUCCUGUAUCUGAUGGUCAUGAUCGGGAUGUUCUCCUUCAUCAUUGUAGCCAUUCUAGUCAGUACCACCCGGUCAAAGAGACAUAAGCACCUGGAUGACCAAGAUCCCUACAGCAAAUAUAUUGCCAAUGACUUCCCUGAUAAGAAGAGCCAGGUAACGGUACUAGAGAACCCAGGUGCCAAGUCAUAUAAUGCUCCUAUGUCACCAUAAAUGGUGGAGACUGUACCUGCCCUGGAAAUAACUGACUGAAUAUCUGAAAGAUGAGCAUUCAAAUCAAAACUCUUUGGUUGUUACUAAACUACAAUUCACUUCAUCCUUAUUAACCAUAGUUUGCAGUUUUCUAAUAUUGGACAUGAUGGCCAGACAGCUGUUUAUUCUCAUUAUGCUGAAACCAAAACUACUGGUAAAAUGUAUGUCCUCAUAACAUUGUUAAUCAUUUUCUCUUUCUUAUUAAAUGUAUUUUCCUAUCAGGAUGAGAAAGAUCUCCAUGAGAAGGGAAUUUAAUAUGAACAUUAUCCAAAUUCAGUGCUAGCUAUUACCCAUGACUGGCUGCUUAGCACUUAGUGUUUCCUCUUCUCGUGCACUUCUCUAACGCUGCCCCUCUUCCCUGGAACUCUCUACCUCCCUCUAUCAGACUCUACUUCAGAUUCUCAGGUUACUGAAAAACUGACGGUGUGAUAGAAUCUUAUUCAGAUUACUCUUGGCAUCCUGUCCUCUACAAAAGAGCUGUGCAAUCUGUGGAUUGACAUGUAAUCACCCCAUUAGUGUUCCCUGAAUAAUAGGCAAUACAUUAUUUUUAGUAGUGGCUCUUAUGGAGUCUGGGAAUAAUGGCCCACUAACACCUAUGGGGUCCCAGAUUAAUGGCCCACUGGCACUUGCUAGCCCCAGAAGAGUGGCCCACUGACACUUAGUUGCUCCAGAAGAGUAGUUCACUGACACUAGGUAGUCCCUGAAGAGUGGCUCACAGAUAGUUGGUAGUCACAGAAGAGUGGCCCACUGACAUUUGGGAGUCCCAGUAGAGUGGCCCACUGAUACUUGGGAGUCCCAGCAGAGUGACCAACUGACACUAGGUUGUCCCAGAAGAGUAGCCCACUGACACUAGGUAGUGCCUGGAGAAUAUCUCACUGACACUUGGUAGUCCCAGAAGAGUGGCCCACUGACAUUUGGGAAUCCCAGUAGAGUGUCCCAGUGACACUUGGGAGUCCCAAAAGAAUGUCCCACUGACACUAGGUAGUCCCAGAAGAGUGGCCCACUGACACUUGGUAGUCCCAGAAGAGUGGCCCACAGACAAUUGGGAGUCCCAGUAGAGGGGUCCACUAACACUUGGGAGUCCCAAAAGAGUGUCCCACUGACACUUGGAAAUCCCAGAAGAGUGGCCCACUGACACUUGGAAGUCCGAGUAGAGUGGCCCACUCCAUAGUUGCCGACAUCCUGGCUGCUGUCCCAGGAGAGAGCAGCCAGGUCGGCUCAGAAUGGGGCGGAGUUAUGAUGCAUCAAGGCAGAAUGAGGGCGUGGUUACCCCAUCAUUGUAGCCUCGCCCCUGCUCUGUAAUGCCGAGAUUACCGGAAUUAUACUGCAGGUGGCGUGGCUAUGAUGACGCAAUUCAGUGAGAAUCGCGUUAUCGACCGCCCGGACCAGCCACUUUACUCACUAAGUGGGUGGCUGGGCAGGGGGGAACAUACAAAAUCGGGAGAAUUGCCUUUUCUUCUGGAGGGCCGGGAGGGCCACCCGAUCUUUGGGAGCCUCCCAGCUAUUCCGGGAGAGUAGGCAAGUAUGGCCCACUGACACUUGGGAGUCCCAGAGGAGUGGCCCACUGAUACUUGGAAAACCCAGUGGAGUGGCCCACCGACAUUUGGUUGUCCCAGAAGAGUGGCCCACUGACACUGGUAUUAAUUUAAAAAAAUUAAGGCUGUAAUGCUUUAUAUCACUUGUGCUUUUUUUCACUAGCCACCCUGUAUCCAUUCUAUGGCACAGCAAUGCAUACAUCUGGUACUCCUCAUUCCACCUCUUUGUUUAGAUAUUAAGGACUAUGAUUAGUAGAGCUUACGCAUACUGAACAGUAAUGAGUGGUGUGCCAAACGUGAAGUGCAAUAUAUUUUUUAUUCUAUAUACAUUCUUUCUGUAAAUAUAUAUUUGUUUUGCACAUGAGUUUGUUGAUGAACCAUAAAUAUAGCACCUUGUUAUUUGCACUGUAAUUUAGACAAUGUUCUGUAUU